AUGGGCGCCACUGUAACUCCCUGGACCAAGAAGCUCAUGACCCACAGACUACUCCAGCGGAAGCAAAUGGUCUUUGGCGUCCUUAACCUUGGGAUGGCAACAGUACCCACGGCAGAAAUUCGGGGGGAACUAGCCAAAAUGUACGCGAUCACAGCAGAUGUCAUCUUUGUGUUUGAAUUCAGAACCCAUUUUGGCGGUGGCAAGACCACUGGCUUCGGCAUGAUUUAUGAUUCCUUGGCUUACGCAAGGAAAAAUGAACUUAAACGUGGGCCUGCAGGACAUGGCAUGUCUGAGAAGGCCUCAAGAAAACCACAAAAGGAACACAAGAGCAGGAUGAAGAAAGGCAGGCGGACUGCAAAGGCCAAUGUUGGUUGCAAAAAGGAGUGA